GCAGUGCCAGGUACGUCACAUCCGGUUCUUGGGACACUCCUCUGGGGAGACUAGGGAGGGGUCGUCCUGCAGAAGUUGCCUGAUCCUUUCGAACCAUUGUUGGCUUCUCUGCGGCGGGGAAUCUCCUCCUUUAUAGGCUUCCUGUAGUUCUUAUCCUGCAGGAAGUUUUCAAGAGAAAUGACUCACUGGUUUCAUCGAAAUCCUUUAAAGGCUACAGCUCCUGUUACAUUCAAUUACUAUGGUGUAGCCACGACUCCAGCUGCUACAAAGAUUUGCAAUGAUCUAAGGUCCUCUCGAACACGACUCCUGGAACUUUUUACAGAUUUGAGUUGUAAUCCAGAUAUGAUGAAAAACGCAACUGAUUCUUAUUUUUCACUCCUGAAAGGCUUUAUAGUUUCACUGGACGACUCUUCGCAGGACAGCAAGCUGAGAUAUAUUCAGAAUUUUAAGUGGACAGACACUUUGCAUGGACAUGUACCAAGUGCCCAGCAAGAUGCUGUAUUUGAACUAAUUUCCAUGGGUUUUAAUGUGGCUUUAUGGUACACUAAAUAUGCAUCAAGGUUGGCAGGGAAGGAAGACAUAACUGAAGAUGAAGCAAAAGAUGUCCAUCGGAGUAUGAAAAUAGCAGCUGGAAUUUUCAAACACUUAAAGGAAAGCCACAUCCCUAAACUGAUCACUCCCAUUGAAAAGGGAAGAGAUUUAGAAGCUCGACUAAUAGAUUGCUACAUUAUUCAGUGCCAAGCUGAAGCUCAAGAAGUGACUAUUGCCCGAGCUAUUGAGCUGAAACAUAAUCCUGGUCUAAUAGCUGCUCUGGCCUAUGAAACAGCCAAUUUCUAUCAGAGAUCAGAUCAAAUGUUAUCCAGUCUGGACCCAGCAUACACAAUGAAGUGGCGAAAAUACCUUCAAUUGAAGUCAUGUUUCUAUAUGGCCUAUGCUUAUUGCUACCAUGGUCAAACCCUUUUGGCCAGUGAUAAAUGUGGAGAAUCAAUUCGGUCUUUGCAAGAAGCAGAAAAAUUUUUUGCCAAAGCUGAAGCAUUAUGCAAAGAAUAUGGUGAAACUAAAGGACCUGGGACUACAGCUAAGCCUUCCGGUCACCUUUUCUUUAGAAAAUUAGGCACUCUGGUGAAAAAUACCUUAGAAAAAUGCCAGCGAGAGAAUGGAUUCAUUUACUUCCAGAAGAUUCCCCCAGAGGCUCCCCAGCUUGAGCUGAAGGCAAACUAUGGUCUGGUUGAACCUAUUUCUUUUGAGUUCCCUGCUGUGCAUGCACAGUGGACCCCGGAAUCUCUUGCUGCAUUUGAUCUCACCAAAAGGCCAAAGGAGGACAGUGCUAAACCAAAAUCGGAGGAAGAUAUUAAACCUGUGAAAGAGCCGGACAUAAAACCUCAGAAAGACACAGGUUGCCAGAUCUCUUAAACUCCACAAGUGCUGUGAAAUACCUCUUGUAAGCUGCAACUUGUGAGCUAUGGGGUUUUAUUGUCUUCCCCAUCUGAUGCCUCUUCUGGACUUCUUCAUCCUAAAAACAAAUUCACAGCUUUUCACGUUUUAUACGUAUCUAUACUUUGGCUGAGUUACUACAUUUCAAAGAAAGCUGAUCAGAAAUGAAGAGAAUAAAACUGGAUUUGGAAAAAAAAUGUGUGAUCUCAGUGCAGAAAGUGAGCAUUUAGAAUCUGAAUUUCGGAUGAAUAGGCACCUGAUUAUGGAAGAAAUGAUAGUGAAUAUAAGGGCAGUGCAGCUGGGGGGGGAAUUGAACAAGAAGAUCAUUGUGGGAAUCUUUCAAGUGCCAUGUAAAAGUUGACUGAAACCAAGGCAAGGAUACAAGAAAAAUGAGUAUUUGAAUUACAUUUUAAGAGCAGAGAGUAAAGUCCAUGGAAAUGUAUAGGAGUGUCACUUUAAAACUAUGUAAAGCAAUGAAAAAUACUGUAUAGCAUCUUGCACAGGAAAUAGAAGAGUCCAACUACUGUAAUUUUAGCCCUGGCAGGAUUACAGCUGAUGCCCUAUUGACACUUAAAAUACUCCAAGACAAAUACAAGUAAAUGGUGCUUUCAGAUGGUGUUUGACCUUCUGCUCUUUUGACAGACACAGAGGGUCUUUUUGAUAAUGCUUGUGAAAGAGAAAUUAUACAACCAUGUACUAAGAAUGAUUCAGCCUUUAUACCUUAAGAUCUUAAUGAAAAUAAAACCUGUGUAGGGAGAACUAUACCUUUCUGUCAAAACUUAAGGCCAGUUAUCAUGGGUAGGUAUUAAGCGGCUGUGCUAUGUACUUAUUUUAGAGAUGAAGAUAUAGUGCCCUGUAGAGAGGAUUCACAGAUAAAGUAGUAUUGCAUAGUGCCCUGAAGAUGAAUGUAAAGGAGGAUUAGAACAAUAAUCCUAGAGUAUAGGAUCAGGUUGUAUUAAAUAAGCACUGUUUCUGUGAAAUAGCGAAGCCUUUUGACUAAGUGUAGUAUAAAUAACAAUGUAGGGAAGGUAGUAUAUAUAUCCUGUCUGUGGAAAGGAAUGGCAGUAAAUGAAUGGAUGCACUUUAAAGAGUUCUAGGUGUGUAUCCAUUGCUGUGUCACAAUUGGAAGUGGAAGCUAAACGGUAAUACAGGCGGCUCUUUAAAAAGAUAUAUAAACAUUUUGAAGGAAAAGAUAUGGUAAUAAUAGAGUUGAAAAGAGGUACAAUUCUAGUAGAUUAUAAUGUGAAAAACCAGAGUUAUGACUCACAAGUUUUGAAGGUAAAUUACAGUUAAACCAGCAAAUGUCAGAGAGAAAACAGUGAUGUUGAAGUCAAGAAAUGUUUACUCUUUAUAGUAAAGACGGAAAGCUAAAAAUAAUCUCACUGCAUCUCUGUUUAUGCUGUUUAGGUUAUGCCUAUUUCUGUUAAGGUUUGAGAGAUUCCUAACAAGAGUUCAGUUUCAAUAUUCAAGAGUAGCAAGUCAUGGUGAUUUUUAAAGAAGGGGCUUUUCUCCACAGUUAAAAAUAUGGCACAGCUCAAAUACUAAGACAAGAUUCAAAUGAACAUUUGCAAGGCAAUCUGCUAUGGUAUUUGGCCCUGUCCCUUUCUUUAUAACCGUAGCUUCAUAGAUCUUAACUGAACAUUGCAAAAAAAAGAAAGAAAGAAAGAAAGAAAAAAGAAA